AUGGACGCAGCCGGAGGCGGUGACAUCAAGGGCAGCAGGAGCAGGAGCAGCAGCAUUGUUGAUGCAGUCAUCGACCAGAUGGACGGGCUCGAUGCCUUGGGCAUCAGGGAAGUCCUCGACGCCGACUCGCGCCCGACCUUCAUCAUCGACCUGGACCCGGACCAGCCCUCGCGCAGUGUCAGCACCUGCAUCGCCCCCGUCUUCUGCAAUGCCGCCCUGCGAUCUCAUGACCGCCUGCUGGACGCCGUCCUGGGGCGUGACAACCCCGGCGUCCCGGCAGAAGCCACGGCCACGUCUGCAUCCCCAGCUGCAGCUCCCACUCCCACCCCAGCCUCAGCCUCCAUCGCCGCCUCGGCCGCGGGCUCGGCCCUGUCUGGCCUCGACCCAGCCCAUCAUGGACCGGAUCCGGGUGGGAGCCGCUCGCUGGGGCCCAGCCACGAGGUCUUCAAGCGAUGGGUGACUGGCGUCACCACCCACGAUGACUCCAAGGACGUCUUCCCCCUCUCUUUCAUGUACCAUGAGAUGCUAUGGACCGGAUCCACCGUGCGGAAAAGGUGGCGCAUCAUCAGCGGGAACCGUCUGUGGCGCGCCGACGUCCCUGUGGUUGACCUCGCCUCUGGUGCGCCCCUCGAGGUUGCCACGGGUGGCUCGCGCGCAAGCCAGGCCACCAAGAAGACCCCGGAGACCCCGGAGACCCCCGGCGCGAGCUAUGAGUCCGUCGCCCAUGCCUCCGGUGCGCCCAACGUGGUGUCUUCUUCCUCGCCUUCCGGGCCCCUCACCUCCUCCGACCCCGUCUUCUACCCGAGGACGUCCGCCAAUGGCUCGGUCCUCACCGGCGCAUCGACCAAGAACAUAGCCAUCGACCUCUCCGCCCUGCCUGAGAGGGCCACCAUCGACUGGACGGUGCCCAACCCGGAAGGCCAGAUAUCUCAGCAUCUCGAGUAUGUGCGCGCAGUCGACUGGGGCGCCACCUCCCUGGGCCCAAUGGCUUCCUGGUCGGCAGAGUUUCGCCAGAUCGCCAACCUCGUCAUGACUAACCCCCACCCGGCCGCCCUGUUCUGGGGCAGCAAGCUGACCGUCAUCUACAACGAGGCCUACGCCAACGAGGUCGCUGGGAACAAACACCAGCCGACUCUCAUGGGGACCGACUUUGCGGAUUUCUUCGCCGAGAUCUGGGACUACUGCGGCCCUCUGUUUGAGGAGAGCGGCCGGACAGGGAUCAGCAUCCGCAAGGACAACGACCCCAUCUCCAUCUACCGCCACGGGAUGCUGGAGGAGACGUACUACUCAUGGACCUACGUCCCCAUCUACUCAUCCUCGAACCGGGAGCUGCUCGGCUUCUACAACGGGCCUUUCCAGACCACCAGCCUUGUUCUGAACCAACGCCGCAUGCGGACGGUAAAUAAGAUCGGCGAGCGCACCGGAUAUGCAAAGACCAUCAAGCAGUUCUGGAAGUUUGUGCUGGAGGGAGUCGAGGACAACCCCUGGGACGUGCCGUUUGCCCUGCUCUACUCCGUCGGCGAGGACAAUGACGACGAACACUCGUCUACCGCCUCCGAGUUGUCUAUUUCCCUCAAGUCAUGCCACUUUGAAGGGGCCCUGGGCGUCCCCGACGGACAUGUCGCGGCACCACAGCAGCUCGACCUGAGACGCAGUCUUGAGGGCUUCGUGCCGUCGUUCCGGGAGGCGAUGCGGACUAGGGAGCCCACCCUCCUCCGUGUCAGGGACGGUACCCUGCCAGAAGCCCUGCUUGAGGGCAUCGAGUGGCGAGGGUUUGGGGACCCAUGCAAGGAAGCAAUCAUCUUCCCAGUGCGCCCCACGAAUGCAGACACUGUGCUCGCCUUCCUCGUCUUGGGCGUCAACCCGCGCAGGCCGUACGAUCACGAGUACCAGGCCUUUGCCACCAUGUUCAACCGACAACUCGCAACCUCUCUGGCCUCGACAAUCCUGUUUGAGGAGGAGACCCGUCGCAGCAGAGACGCCGUCGAGGCCGCGCAGCUAGAAAGGGUAAGGUUGACGCAGCAACUGGACCUCCAGGCCAGUAGACUGCGCCGUAUGACAGAGCUGUCGCCUCUGGGCAUGUUCCUGAUAUCUCCAGAAGGCGUCCUACGGGAGGCAAAUGACAGGUUCUUCGAGAUGACUGGCCACACCAGAGACUCACAGUAUGAAAUGUCAUGGAUGGAUUUCAUCAUGCCCAGCAGCACGCGGACCAUGGAGGAUGGCUGGCACCGGCUCGUGAAUGAGCACCGCCCAUGGUCGGGGGAGCUGCAGCUGAAGAUCCGUAUAGCAAAGCCCCUCAACCUCCAAGGUGAGGCGAUCGACUACUGGUGCAUGUUCACUGCACAGCCCGAGAUAGCGCCGGAUGGAUCUCUCCGGUCCGUGAUGGGGUCCAUCACCGACAUAUCCCAUAUGAAGUGGGCACAGGGGCUACAGGAGCAUCAGCUCCGCGAGGCCGAGGAGACGCGCAGGCAGCAGAACGAGUUCAUCGACAUCACCUCGCACGAAAUGCGGAACCCACUGAGUGCCAUAUUGCAGUGCGCAGACGACAUCACCGCCGCGCUGAGCGAGUGCCGCAAGAAGUCCAUCGACCUGACAAAGGACGCACUCGAGGCCUGUCUGGAAUCAGCACAGACAAUCUCCCUGUGCGUCCAGCACCAAAAGUCCAUCGUGGACGACAUCCUCACCAUCUCGAAGCUCGACUCCAACCUCCUCCUCAUCACCCCGGUGGUCACCCAGCCAAAGCAGAUCCUGAACCGCGCCAUCAAGAUGUUUGAAUCCGAGCUGCAGGCAAAGGACAUCAAGGCGCAGCUCGAGACCACCUCGUCCUACACUGAGCUGGGCGUCGACUGGGUGAUGGUCGACCCGAGCAGGGUGUUGCAGAUCUUGAUCAACCUCUUGACCAAUGCCAUCAAGUUCACAGCCCCAUCCAAGACCCGGCUCCUCACCGUCGCUGUUGGCGCAUCUCUGGAGCCACCCGCCUUGGAACAUAUCCCUGGCUUCCAAUACGUCCCAGUCAAUACCAGAACCCCAGUCGCAGCACACGAGGACUGGGGCAAGGGGGAGCUGCUCUACAUCAGAUUCAAGGUCCAGGACACGGGCUGCGGCCUCACUGCGGAGGAGAAGCAGAUGCUCUUCCAGAGGUUCAAGCAGGCCUCGCCUAGGACACAUGCGCAGUACGGGGGCAGCGGCCUGGGGCUCUUCAUCUCCAAAAGGCUGUCCGAACUCCAUGGCGGUCAGAUCGGUGUGUCGUCCAGUGCUGGCUCCGGCAGCCUCUUCAGCUUCUACGUCCAGGCGAGGAGGGCGGAGCCGCCGCCCAGUGAGGACCAGGACCAGAAGCUCCCCAUCGAGCGCCACAUGAGCGGUGACACCACCCUGCGCCAACGGCUCACACCCCAACGCCAGGAUCUAGCGUCCGCCGGUGGCCCAGCUGCCAACCUGGUAGCGACGAAAGCGAAGCGGACGAUAGAUCCGAAGACGGUGCAUAUCCUCGUCGUGGAGGACAACCUGAUCAACCAGCGCGUGCUGGCCAACCAGCUCAAGAAGAUCGGGUGCACGGUCAACCUUGCCAACGACGGUGUCGAGGCGCUGGUGUUCCUCGAGAAUACUCGAUUGUACAGGUCGAGCUCUGGAGUGGGAAGUGUCCCCCUGGAUGUUGUAUUGAUGGAUUUGGAAAUGCCACGCAUGGAUGGUCUCACGUGCGUGAGAGAGAUCCGCAAGAAGGAGGAGGAGGGCGAGAUCGUGAAGCACGUGCCGGUGAUCGCUGUCACGGCCAACGUGCGGGACCAGCAGGUGGCGACGGCCAGGGAGAGCGGUAUGGACGACGUGCUGUCGAAGCCGUUCAGGAUACCGGACCUGCUGAAGAAGGUCGAGGUGCUGUUGCUGGCCGAGACGGCCCAGGCUGAGGCACACAUCCCUUGA